GGUGACUUCCCAAAGAAGGCGGCAUCGCAUUCCUUCUGAAUUUUGUCAUCAGAUUUUCCAGAUAAAGUAUAUUAUCGUCUUUACUCCGUGCAUACCCCUCAUCAUGAACUGGACAGGUGGUCGCCUUCGACGGCAUUCGGAGACUAAUACCAAAACCCGCAAGCAAGUUUUUGGGAAGUCUAGCUCAGGCUUGAAAGCUCCCCAUCAUAUCACUUUGUUUAAUAAUUUGAGCAAGGCGGGAGGGCAUGAUCAGAAGAAACGGAAGUUAAUCCAGCGAAGUAACCAUGAUGAUAUAGACCAACAAUCUUCACCUCGAUCCCAACCCUCCCCAAAUUCAGCUCUCCCUAUUGGUACAGAUAGACCCUCACAAACAUCCAAUAAUUUAGACUAUCUCAGGCGUCAAUUGCUCGAAACGGCAGAUUGGGGAGCUGUAGCGGCUGCCCGCCCGUUGAGAAUGUCCUUUACGCCAACGGAAGAAAUUGAGCGGUUCGGUAAACGACGGAAACUGACAACUGGUGACCGCCAAAGACUUCGUGUACCUACGAAGCCACAUUUCAAGGUUCAGAAAGAACUGUCAUCCGAAUGGGGGACUCUGGAUGAUUUGGAAAUACGAAUAAAUAAGCAGCCUCUGGGGGUGAGAGCGAAAGACAAAGAUGAGGAAAGCCAUCUGAAGAAUAUAUCAUCCCAGUCGAUGCUUUUAGACCACGAGGAGUCU